GUGUGCCGGCAAAAUUUUGCCGGCAGGCAGAAGCAGCUCAGUUCCCCCCACCUUGACUUUCCCAACUGCAAUCUCUUGACUUUUUUCUGAUACCAUGUCUGAUGAUGAGUACGGAGGUGGAGGCAGGGAUGACUUUGAUUAUGGCGGGCCCAGUUUUGCGGAAGAACCGUUUGACGAUACCUAUGACUUGCUUACGGCGGAGAACGAAGGCGCUGCUGAAGAUGGUGCAGUAGAAGGAGAAGCACAGGUGAACGGAGUCAAUGGCGUUGAACAUGAUCAAGAGACAGGCAAUGGCGAGGAGCAGCAACCACAGCCCACUGCAGGCGCAGGGAUGACAGGCGAGCGACAAGCAAACAAAGUCCGGAUAACGACGCCGUAUUUGACGAAGUACGAACGCGCGAGGAUAUUAGGGACCCGAGCGCUGCAAAUCAGCAUGAAUGCUCCAGUAUUGGUUCCUCUAGACGGCGAAACCGAUGCUUUACAAAUCGCCAUAAAAGAGUUAUCUCAACGAAAAAUUCCGCUCAUUAUCCGCAGAUAUCUUCCAGACGGUAGCUUCGAGGAUUGGAGCGUAUCAGAGCUGAUAACAGAUUGACAUCUUCGAGCUGUCGAUUUGUUUGGGGUUCUCGUUUGCUUUGCCUGUAAUUUCUGUUUCUUUAUUACUUACUUUCUAAGUAUUCUGCUCUGUAGUUACAAAAUCGGCUUCAAGUCUUGAAAGACUUUACAUACUGAUGUACCGAAUAUAUGAAUCUAGUUCGCACAGAACUUAUACCGCCUAUAUUCUCUUGACACAGCGCAGGUUCAUAG